UGGAAUACUAAGCUUUUUUAAAACUGUUACCUGAUAUAUGUUACUUCCAUAUACGAAGGAUGUUUUGUACUGUAAGAUUGAAGCUCCCCACUGCAACCACCGUCCGCAUAUAAACAAACCAGAAAACAACCAAAGUUGGCACAUAUAUAAGGGGAUAUUUGUGUCAUAUUAUAAAUAACAGAAAACUAUCUUAUGAAUUUAGAAAGAUGUCCUCUCGCACCUCGAUCAGCAAAUAUAAUUCCCCAGAAACAUGAAGGUGCUGUGAAGCAAAAGGUAGCUGCGGUGACGGAGGAUGCUCCCAACGAGCAGAAAAGGCCACAUGCUUUGGAAGAGAGUGUUUCUUCAGCUACGGUUGAAACAAAUAAUGAGAACUCCGUAACUACGACUCCAAAACAUCAGAAGGUAACAACUCCGAAGUCGUAUCGGAGGUCAGUAAAACGAGUAAAACAUGAUGAAUCUAUCGCUAAAGAAGUUCCUCAUAUGAAAACGCUUGAACCAAUUAACGAAGAAUUAAAAAACGUUGGUACCGAUGCUACAAAACUGGCUACAGCAAAGUCAACUACACAAAAGGCCAAGUUAUUAGAAUGGAAGCGACAAUAUAAGAAGGCUUUUCCAAAUUUUCGUUUUUAUUUAGAUGGAUUUGACUCUAAUCUCCAACAACGAGUUAAACGUCAAAUAGUUCAAUUAGGCGGUCAUGUGGAGACCUUUUUUUCUGGCAAUGUCACUCACGUAGUUACGACAAGAUCUAUACAGGACAUAGCGGCAAAGAAUUCUAAACAAGAUGUGCUCACCAAGGCACGUCAACUAAAUAUGAAAAUAUGGAGCAUGGAAAAACUGUGUAACCGAGUUUUAAAAACGCUUUUGGAAGAAGAUCCAUUUGCUCCUAGUUCCUCUCAAAAGCAAGGUAAUGAUCUAAGUUAUUUGCUUUAUGUUGAAAAGGUCCAAGGUACCAAUGAGCGUGAUUUGUCUGUACCACGGCAAGACUUUGUUCAUUUCAAAGGUCCGUAUCUGUAUGUUCACGAUAUCGCAAGUGCUUACAAGCCCAUUCUUCUUAGAGAAUGGCCUAAGCCAGUGAACGAUAAGGAUGUCCCUUGGCCCACCUUUCGCGCAACAAGUAUAGGCAGAUGCCCCUUUGUGCCUGAAAACAGACAACGAUUGAGUAUCAAUGCACAUACGGCAGCGACAGCCAAAGCUAAACAAGAUCAAUCACAAGAACAACAGCAACGCAUUCAAAGACAAUGUUCUCAGCAACCGCCGGCAAUUUCACGAGCUAACUCUUUCAAACUAUCUAUUCCAUUAUUAUCUAAUAAUGUUGGUUCUACCUCAAAUUCAAAUAGUGUAUCUGUUAAUGCUGAGAGUGCUCCUUUGCCAAAUACAAAUACUGGAUACCAUCAGCAGGAGCAGAUUCCAGCAAAACCAAAACCAUAUCGCAUGCUAGAUGAUGGCAUGCAAGCGUCCGGUAUUGUUCAGUCUAAUCUUACUUCAGCGGUAAUGUCAAAUAAUUCUAAUAUUCGUUCAGGGAGCGCAGCAGGUGUGCCUGUUGUUGCCAUUAAUGGACGAGAUAUAAAUGAACUUAAGAAAAGGAUAAUUCAACAAAAAUCCGGGGCACCAAACAAAGAGCAAGGUUACAAGAACAUGCUUCAUAAUGCUAAUCAAAGAAAAAUUAGAAUUGACCCAAAACCUGGUUAUUGCGAGAACUGUCGAGAGAAAUUUGACAACUUUGAAAUGCAUAUUCGAGGUAGGCGCCAUCGGAAAUUUGCUGAGAACGAUGAAAAUUUCAAAGAAUUGGAUGAGCUAUUUGAGCUUGUGCAGCGACCUUUUCGUCCGCUGUGAAAUAUCAACUUGGUUGAUGUAUAAAUUUAUGCCAUUUUAUCUUAGUGCUCAGUUAGAGUUUUGUCGCUUUUUAUGUUUAAAUAUUGUGUUGAACUAUUAAUUCUUGAUUUGAAACACAAUGGUGAAGCUGGAGGCUUACACGGUGAUUUGUCGAUUCCUUUUCUACAUGCAUUCAUUCUUUUUCUAAUAUAACUAUAUAUACGUAUUUCCUGAUCUAACAGUGGUUACGAUUCUAUCUCUGUGAUUUAACAACCAUCUAUCUUUUCGAAGAUUUAACGAACGAUUUAUAACUAUUUUUUUAAUGAAUAUGGGACUAUUCAUAGGAUGCUAUGAAGGAUUACAAUCCUUUUAUGGCAAUAUGACUUUUGAAUGCAAAAGUCAACAUACAAUUACGUGCUCGUCGGUUGUAGCAUGUUUCAAUAGCUGAAAAGCAUAAUACUUGUAUAUAUCUAUUGAAUAUGCGGGCAAUUUGGGAAA